CUCCAACAGGCAAGAGGCACCUUGUUUCAUUUAUGAGAACCUAAAGGCCAAGUCCUAUUUGAAGGGACUCCACACAGUAGAUCAACGCAGAGUUGUGCCAAUAUGAAAGGACACAGCUGAGGACAUUUAUUGUACACUGUACACACAUUUACUAUCUGUCUUCAGUGACUACAGCCCUGCUACAGGUUGAUCUAGUGGUGUGGUUGGAGACUACAUGGCUUCAGGGGGAGCAGAGGAAGAUGAUGGAGGCAUUCCAUUGGACAUUGACAACGUGCACAUGCUUCUCCAAGUGGAACAUGAACAGAUUCAGAAAAGGACAUUCACCAACUGGAUAAAUGCUCAACUCGCUAAGAGGUGCCCUCCCUCCUUUGUGUCAGACCUCUUUUCUGACAUAAGAAAUGGGUCACAACUGCUCGACCUGUUGGAAGUGAUGACUGGCCAACCUAUGAAACGACAAAGAGGCCGUGGGAUUUUCCAGCAGAGGGCCAACAUUGAGACAGCACUGAACUUUCUCAAGAGAAAAUCUAUCAAAUUGGUGAACAUAAACAUCUCAGAUAUUAUAGAUGGACGGCCCUCCAUCAUCCUCGGACUCAUAUGGACCAUCAUCCUCCACUGUCAUAUUGAGGAGCUGGCCAACACUCUCUCCUUCAGCUCUUGUCAUUCCUCCCUCGACUCUCUGGCCAGCCUGGACUCCUGGUCUGGCAGCCCAGUCCCAGCUAGUCCGGUCCCUGCAGGCCGGACAUCGCCUCUCCACAGACGCUUCCGAAUAUCUGCCAAGAAGGCCCUGCUCAUGUGGGUCAGGGACCAAUGCCAAAGGGUUGGUUACUCUGUCAGUAUGAAGGAUUUUAAAUCGAGCUGGAGAAGUGGAGAGGCUUUCUUGGCAAUCCUGUGUUCUCUCAGGCCGCAGUUGGUUGAUCUCUCACUGGUCCAGUCCAGAAGUAACCAGGAGAACCUGGAAGAGGCGUUUCACCUGGCUGAGAGGGAGCUCCACAUCCCCCGCCUGCUGGAUCCCCAAGAUGUUGAUGUUAAAGACCCAGAUGAGAAGUCCAUUAUGACUUAUGUGGCCCAGUUUCUGCAGUACUCCAAUGACAUGCCAGCACCUGAUGACCAUCUGCAGCUGUUUCCUCUGGUCCAGCCCACUUUUCUCUCACCUGUGAACUUGCCUGCUCACUUCACUCCAGCAAUUGCUGUUUCACCCUUACAUCAGGUCUCUCCAAGUGAGCGAGCACUAGAGGUGACUUGCUGGCUACAGCAAGCCUACCAGGAACUGUCAGAGGCAUGGACGGCUGCAGAGAAAUCGAGCUUUGCAGAAAAAUAUCAGGUGUUUCAGAACCUCGCUGACUCCUUCACUGAGCAAAGGAGACCAGUGAUGACCCUCCUUGCUGCCAUAAGACGCUGUCCUGAGCUGAGCCAAGAGCAGUGUGCUCUCAGGACAGCGUGGGAUCAUCUGGAAGAGGAGCUGCAGAGACGUAAAGCAGACCUGGACUCGAGUUUUCCUCCUCCUCUGGACUCAGUUGUUGUGUGGCUGCAGCGUGCGGAAGCAGCGCUAACAGAAGAUGGAAGAGGAGUGAAAGAUCAUGCAGAUGCUGCUAAAGAAGCAAGAGCUCAGCAAGACACAUUAAAGACUUUAAUAAAGGAGAUGAGCCACCACGUCAAUAUCCUUGACACCUAUCACAACAUGGAUGAGUCAGGGAACGUAGUGGUGCCUCUUGAAAAGUUUGAUGAGAUAAAAAGACGUUUAACCAAUAUCCGAGUCACAGCCAAAUAUCAGGGGAUCAAGUUGGAAUACCAGGAAUCCCGUCAUACUGUACUGGAUCUCCUGGGCCGCAUCAAUGCUAAGCUUCUGACCUGGAAAGCUCCCUACAGUUCCCAGGAUACAGUACAUGUGCUUCUGCAGGACUGGCAUGAAACAGUGGAGCGCCAAGGCCAGCUUUUGAUUGUGAUGGACGCUCUCCAAAACCUGAAGGAGAAGGCGAAUGCUUACACCAGCAAGGCAGCGCUAGGUCAAGAUUGCCAGCUUGUUACUCGUCAGGUGAAGGAAGCAGAAAGAGAAGCUGAAUUGGUCACACAGGCUGUGACGGCUGUGAGAGGGACAAUGGAGAGAGUGGUGUCUGCGUGGGAGACUUACAGCAACUGCCUUACUUCUCUUCAGACGUGGCUGGCACAGAAGAUACAUUCGCAGACUCCUGCUGUGGGGACGCAGGAAAUGAGUGAGUGGACAUCAUGUCAGGCUAAGUUAAAUGAGGUGGGAAAUUUGCUCAUUGAAGUGACAGAAUCUUCAAUCAGCCUCGCUCUGGCCGAGCAACUCAGCAAGGUCAACAUGCAGUGGGCUGAAUGCAUGAAGAGGACAAUGUUUGAAGUAUCAUCGGAGCCCAGUGUCCAUCCGCUGUGUCUUCAAAUGGUGAAUUCACUGACCCAGGAGGCAAGCUGGCUACUGAGGCAGCCACUGGAGGUGGCCUCAGUCCCACUGAAGGCUAACAGACAGAAGCUACAGCUACUGAGUAAAAAGAUGGCUGAGGUGGACCUUUCAUCUCUCAGUUCAUCCCCAGACUUUCAAACAAGCCACAUAGAGAACCUCCAGCAAACCCUCCCACAGAUGCUUGCUGAAGCAGAGAGGACCUGUGGAGAGCUACAGCGGGCUGCGUCCAGGCUGGAGGGCCGUCUGGCUGAGCUUGACCACUGGAGCACAGAGGCCCUGGACUGCCACCAGCACCUAAAGGAGAAAAAGCACAGAGGACGCUCUGCUUUGGAACCUAUGGCCAAAGUGCUGAUCUCUCGAGGAUUGCAGCUGGAGAACCAGGUUGUAACUGAGGGACAGGAUCUGCAGGACCUUGUGGCACGAGUACAGAAAACCUCUCCUCUGCUGCACCUCAGUACCUCUGACAUGCAGGACCGGAUCUCAGAGGCAGUCUCCCACUGCCAAGAGAUUCUUGGAAUGUUUAGUUCCCCUGGGUUUCUGCAGCAUGUUGAAACAGCCCAUCAGACACAGAGGCAGUCAGAGGCAGGGUUAUUUGUUGUGGCCAGAACCAAACAUGUAGAUCAGAUUGGGAAUUUUGUGCUGCAAACCCAGGUCCCAAAUCAGGUUUCACCUGAGAUUCCAUCUCAGACGCCUCAAUCCAGGACAAGAGGUCUCCAGGGUUGGCCUAAAAAGCAGCACAUGAACACACAGGAUGAACCAACCAUUGUUAUACCCCAUGUCCAAAUCCAAAUGCUGCCUCAGCCUUUGAGGGAACCUCUUGCUCAAACUGUAAAAGGAGCUGAAUUUUCAAAAUCCCAUGCUCAAACUUCAAGUCUGAGUCUAACUGCUCUGACCCAAGCUCCUGUUGGACCAAAGUACCCAAAAAGUCCAGUACCAGAGGAAAAGGAAAGCUCAUCCCCCUCACAAACUCACACAUCGAAACCCAGAGUAAGACAGCAACCAAACACUCUACAGAGUAAUAAAACAUCUCCACAGCCACCGGUUAUGGUCCACAGUGAAGUUCAUUCGAAGGCCCAGUCAAUGGCGAGGAGUAGACUGGAGAAGGCCAGGUUUCAUCUGCAAGGACGCAUCCAGCAAGCCAUCAAGUUAUUUGGUGGCAAAGAGAUUUCAGAGUCACAAGCCAAGAGGAAACAGAGAGCUUUAAAGAUUCUGCAGCCUGCCAUCCUCAAAGAGUUCCUGGAUGCAGUGGAGGGUUAUGGGGCCUUUUGCACUGGGCCCCAACUCCAGGAUUUGAUGCUCCUCUAUGACUCAGUCAGAAAGCAGUGGGAGGAUGUACGCAGAGAAAUGGCCACCUUUGUUCCCAUCUUAUGGGCUAAGAUCAGAGAUGGAAAGCAGUCAUUUUCUGUUGUUCAAAGUGAAACACAAACUAACGCUCUGCAUGAAGCCACUGACCAGACUGACCUUGACUCUUUGCUGCAGAAACAGGCCGUCAUGGAUGGAGCUGCAUCUGUCGAGGAAGAGGUUGAAUCACUUGAAGAGAUGUGUGAAACACUAACACCAAGAAAAUCCUCCUGCCUAGCAACAGACCAACUGAGGGAGUCAGAUGAAGCAAGGGAAACACAACCCAGUGACACAAUGUUCCCAUCUGACUGCAGGGGACGGCAGCUCCGGGGAAACAUCCCGCUGAGAGCGACAGACAUGUCGGCCGACACACAGCAGAGCAACAAUCUCCCACAGAAACAAAGCGUGGACAGCCCACAACUUGACCUCUCACCUGUGGGUAGUGCUGUGUCAGUGCAACCUCUGCAAACUCAAGAUGUCCCAACAGAGAGUGAGGAUGACCUGGCACAACGUAGACGCUGUGGGUCAGGGAAAAAUCGAAAGUCCUCACUUCGAGCCAAAGAGCAGCCACUGAAAGCUCGUCUACUACACAUCACAGAGAGCAAGCAGCAAACCCAAACUCAUAUACAGGCGGUUGUCAGGGGCAACACUGUGGAGACCAAGCAGGAGGCAGAGUGGACCGUCAUCCCAGAGACAGUCAGCCCACCACAGGAAGAGGACUCCUCAGAACAGGAAGUACUGGAAAGGUACAGAAAGUCCUGCUUGGUAUUUCAGUCUGAACUCGAGAAGAACAAGCAACAUUUAGAGGAGUUUAUCACAGACCAAGUCACCAUUUCCACCCUGCAGAACCAAAAGAAGCAACUACAGACUUUGAAACAGGAGUCAGAGGCAUUAUGGUUUGAGAUUGAGCUCCAGUAUGCCCAGCUAUCCCACUUGUCCCAUCUGAUGACCAGGGAAGAUAAGGGUAAAGUGGAAAGAGACUGGGAGCAGCUGAGUCAGCAGUGGAGAGGCCAACAAAUGUGCCUACAGAGCAGGAUGGCAUUUCUAGAGAAUACUGCAGACCUGAUGGAGUCUGCAGAUGAUCAGAUGGCACUGAUCACAGAAAAACUGGACCUGAUCAUCAGAGAGUCUGUGGACAUCUCCUCCUUCACCUUGGCUGAUCCUAGACUGGUAUCUGAUUUAAAGGAGAUGGACGAUAGACUGCAGUCUGAAAUGAGAAACCUAUCAGAACGAGGCAUUGAAGAGGAAACACAAGGGCCGGACGCCACAUCCCCUUCAUCCCUCUGCCAGGCUCUCCACAACAGUGUCCAUCAUCUCGAGCAGCUCAGACAGCGGCUGGAGAAGGUUCAAUCAGCUGCCCAGGCCCUGGAUCACUUCCUGGCCACAGUGAGGGAAGUCAAGGCCGAAAUCCCAACCCUGCUGGCAAACCAGGACCCCAGCAGACAGCAAAAUGAGGCAGACUGGGAGCAGGAGAGACACUCUUGGCAGGCAGCAAUGCAGCAGAAGUUGCAGACUGCUGCGGAACAAUCUGAUAGUGCUCACAGCACUUUAAAGGCAGUGGGGAUGACGCUGACCAUGGAUGGUCCAACAGUGACGUGCCAGGAUGUGGUGACAUCAUUGUCCCAGCAAGCUGCAGACGUGGAGAAAGAGCUGAUGAGAGCCAGGAAAAGGGAGAGAAAAGAUGAGCUAUUUCCAAUGGGAAAGGAGCAAAUCAAGAAAAAUGAAGAGUUGAAUCCUACAGAGAUACGUCAGAUAAAGACUGGGGAUGAUUCACUACAGCAGGGGGGAGCACAGGACCAGGAGCAUCCCUCUCCAAGUAGGAUGGAAGAGGAGUCAGGGUUGGAGGCUAAAAGCAGUAGGCUGGAAGGAGAUAAUGAUACAAAGAAACAAAGGGAGGAAGAGCACAAGGCUCAAACAUGGAAGUCUGAAGGGGAGAGAAGAAGAAGCAGCAGGCAGGUUAAGAAAGAGGGAGAAGAGAAGGAGAGUUUGGUCCAGAGGACAGUUGCCUUGUUAGGCGCCCUGAGGGAGAUGAGGGGAGUAGCUGAGCAGUUGGGGUUACAAGAGCCCACCCUGCCUGCUCUGCAACAAAGGACACGUGCCUUGACAGAGCUGGAAAGUCGACUUGCUGCCCACCUCACUGAGCUGCAAUACAUACAAGAUGCAUCUUCACAAUCACGAAUCCCUGAUGUGAGUCAAACCAGAGAGGUGGAGGAUGUCUGGGAGGAGACAGCAAAAGCUGUAACUGAGCGGCUGGAGCAGUGUAAUGUCCUAACAGAGCUGCUGAAGAAGUUUCAAAGCAUUCGUGGUGAGCUGAGUGGGACACUGCAGAGGGCAGAAAGCACCAUCAGUGAACAAGCCUCCUACAUGGGGAAAGACAACCUGCAGAGACUGCACACUAAGGUCCAGGAAACAAAAGCAGAACUGAAUGGCCUUGGGGACGGCAUAGAGGAGGUCCGCAGUGUCUGCAGGCAGCUUCACACUCAUCUACGUCACAUUUCAGAAUGCACCAUCAUCCCAUUUGAGGGUGAAGCGGAUGCUCUUAUGGACCGCUGGCUGGAUAUAUCAGAAAGAACAGAUUCCCACCUUGAGAACGUACACCUUGGUCUGACUCUGUGGGAUGGUGUCCUCCAGCUGGGAGCAGAGGUGGAGAGCUGGACCGCCAAUAAACUAGCAGUAUUUGCUCAGUCUCCGUCCUUUCAGACAGAUGAAGACAUCAGGUCCUUGCAGAAUGAGAUUGUGGCCCAAGAAAAGAAUAUGGAGCGUUUCCACCGAAGAGCUACUGAGAUUCAGGCACUGCUGCAAAGAGCAGAGCCCCCUCUGGAGCUGCAGGUUGUCGAGACCCAAAUGAAGAAAAAGAUAGAGCAGCUGAAGGAGCUUGUUUCUGAAGCUGAGGAUAUUCACAAGCAGAUGGUGGCUGCUAAGAGACAAAUUACUGCCAGGAUGGCUGAAUGCUUCAACUCCCUCCAGAAGAUUCAGGUCUCCCUCUCCACUCUCAGUGGUUCAGAUGUUGCAACAGUCCUUGCAAAACUUAAAGAUCUAUUUUGUGAGCUCCAGACCCAGGAUGAGCAGGCAGAGAGUCUGCUGGAGGAUCUGCAUGUUAUGGCCUCCAUAGCGAAUUCACCCAGCCUACAGAGUCUGGCCGUGGACGGGAUUCGGCUGCAGGAUAAAGUCAGAAUUACCCAUCAGCUCUUCUCUGAGGUGGAAGAACAGACUGAGAGGAAUAGCCUGGCUCUCAACAGGCUGCAAAGGGAGAGCGAGCAUUUGGAACAAUGGUUGCAAGCCCUUGAGGGAAAAGCAGCGAAGGAGGAGGAUCAUUGUCUCCUGCAAGAGGAAGCACUUCAACAAAGGGUGAGGACAGAGGCCCUCAAUCAGCUUGUGUCAUCCUUACAAAGCAGCACACUUCAGCAGUCUGCUCUGGUGGAAGAGAGUAGCAAACUGCUGGAACGUUGCCACAACGUUCAAACCAACAUACUGUGUGAUUUCACGGAGAAGCAGAGAUCUCUGAGCAGGGACACUGAGGUGUUUGAGACUCUUGCAAAGUCCACUCAGUCCUGGGUUAGAGAUCUGAGACAAACUGCUGACUCUCCACUCGCUGAAAACCUCGGUAUCCAGAGCCCGGUAGAGCAGAGACUUCACCGUGCUCAAGCUGUGGUAAGUGCAAAGGCAGAGGGUGAGGCUCGCCUUGAAGAACUCAGAGUUACUGGAACUUGUCUGGGCCACAGAUUGUGUGAUGGAGACGACCUGAAACAGGACAUUCAGGAAACCAUUCAGAAAACGGAGGAGCAGUGGAGGGACCUUCUCCAGUCAGUUCAGCCUCAUCACGGCCUGGCUGAACAGAGGAGGGAACUGGCUGAACAAAGCAGUGACACCAUCGGGAAAGAUUCCUCCUCGGCUGAGCUGGAGACCUGCUGGUCAUCACUGAAGGCGGAGCCAAAGGGUGUGUGUUCCCACCUCGGGGAAGGUGUGUGUAAUGAGGAACAUUUUAGCCAGUUGCUGCAGGACUGCCACCAUAAAUUGACAUCCCUGCAGGAAAGAAUGUCAGCCUGUCAAGCCCAGAAAGACAGCUCAGCAGGACUGAUCACUGAUGUGCCAGCUCUGGAGGCUUUGCUACAAGAAGUAACAGACAUAGACCUUUUACAAAUUGUAACAUUUAAGGACUAUAUCAUAGCCAGUUCCACAGCCGAGGCCCAGGCCAGCAUCUCCCAGCAAGUCAGCAACCUCCAAAACCACCAGAGGGCACUAGACAGUAGCAUCAGAGAAAGUCUGGCACUGCUCACAGAGUACAGCAACCAGACAGUUCAGCAAGUGAAGGACAAGGUCUCGUGUGUACAGACAGCCCUGAAAGACCUGGCUGAACAUUUUGGAAAUCUGUGUGAGAACCGUGAUGUGUUGCCUGAUAUCAGCCAGCUCAAACAACAGUGGUACACAAUACAGGAUUGUGAUACCAGGCUGACAGAGUUGGCUGCAAAAGUUUACGACCUGCAGAAGACUGGAGAGUCGAGCAUCACACAAGAAACGCUUCCUACAGGGGUCAUUUUGACUGUUGAUGCAGUUGCUAAAGAUCUUGACAGCUUUAGGUCCAUUUUUCUACAAAAGAAGCAGGAGUGUGCCGAAAACACUGCUAACAGGGUGAGGCAGGUCAUCAGCCAGCUGCAGAAGUGGAGCAAAACAGUACAUGCUGAACCAUCAUCACCCAGCCAGGCAGCUUUGGAUGAGGGUUUGUGGCUUCACCAAGCUCUUCGUGAAGUGCUCUCAGAACGAGAUUUUCUUCUAAACUGUCUGGGAAGAAAAGAGACAACACAACUGGAAAAAAGUGCUUCAGAUGCUCUCAGUGAAAGCACACCUGCACUUGAAACUUUAUCUAGAUGCCUGGUUUCCCAGGUCAGUCAAGGUCACUGUGAAGUGGAAUGGGACAAAGAAUUGUCAAGCAGAGUUGUUGAAGAAACUUUUAGAAGUGAAAGUGAUGCAUCAUAUUUAGCUUCACCUGAUGAAACUCUGGCCUUGUGUCGUCCCACUUUCCCUUCUGCAACAGACAACAAGGAAAACUCUGAAAGUGAUCAGAACGAUAAAAUUAAAACCAAAGGCACUUUGGAAACAGCCAAAGAAGAUGCCUUUGUCCCUAAUCGGUUUCCAUGUGCAGAAAUCCCAGAUGCUUUCAAAUCAAAAACCCAACAAGAAUCACAACAGUUAACAUCAACUCCACCAAAAAUAAACUUGAAGACUUGUCUCGGGCCAAAAGAUGAUACUGGAAAAUUGAACACUGAUAGCAGUCCUUUAAGCAGUGGGCACAGGACACUUUCUGGAAAUAACGCAGUACUUUUAAUGCCAGACUCGCUUCCUACUCUCAACAAGAGUUUAAUAGCUCGGCAAGAGAACACUGAACCAUUGCAGGAAGACGCUACCUCAACCCAGGACUCAAAAUUGUCAGCUAUAGGCACAGACAAUGCCAAAGAAAUCAAUUCACCACACUGUGUCACAUCCCCGGUUGGAUCCCCAGCGACAAAGCCAGACAACUUCUCCCUUUCUGCCCCUGAAAAUGUGUCUGAACAUCUAGCAACACAAUCAGAGACAUUUAAAGCAGUUACAGAUGCUCAAGAGCAAGAGAAUCACUCUGAGGAAAUCAGUGUAACCCCAAAGAAAGUGUUUUCAAUAAUGGAGCCACACAACAUACAGAACAAUGAAAAUGUUGGUUCAGAUGCACUCAGUUUUUCUCAGGGAGCAGUGCUGUGUGAUGCAAAGCUUACAGAUGUUUCAAGUAUAGGAUUUCCUGAGAUUAAAUCUGGACUCUUUACAACAUUAAUCAGUCCCGAAUCAGACAAAACAGACUUGAAAAUCCUUCAUCUAGCAGCACAAUCAGGGGCAUUUAAGGCAAUUACUGAUGCUCAAAAAAAGGAGAAAUGCCGUGAGGUGUUUACAGUGAUGUUGGACGUGGAGCCGCCUGAGUUCCAGCCACAGGACAUGCAGCAAAGGGAAAAUGUUGGAACCAGCAGUCCAGAUGCACUCAGAUGUUCACAGGGAGCAGAGCUUUGUGAUGCAAAGCUUACACAAGUUUCAAGUAUAGAAUCUCCUGAGAAGAAAUCUGGACUCUUUAAAACAUUAAUCAGUCCUGAAUCAGAUGAAACAGACUUGAAAAUCCAUUAUUUAAAGAGUCUUGCAUUAAACGAGUCUCAAGUGGCAGACUCACUGCCAGAAAACCCCUUGGCGGUUGUAAGUACAGAAUUGGAGGAGGUAAAAUCUACAAGUGCCAAAUUAUCAUGCAAAGAAAACUCAGAGGCCCAUGAAUUUAAUGAGGUGUUGAAUUCCUCCAAAUCAUGUGGCAGUGUUGCGGAGUGUCAGCUCACUGGUACAGAAGCAGCAUUUCUGGUUGUUAAACAAGAGGAAAAGACAGAUUUCUGUCAAACUGAAGAGCAAACAAUGAGCUCAGUCUUGUGCACUGUGGAGAGAGAUGCCUUAACUGAAACACAAAUACCUGCUGGUGCCAAUAAACAGCUGACUGUUGCUGACAUUGCACAGAGUACAGGUACAGAACAUUUGGAAAUGGCAGAGGGGGAAAACACAGAAGAAGCAAAUGACCCUGAACACCCGGAGUCCAAACUUUCAAAAGUGCCAGAAAGACGAGACAAAGCUAUGCUGCCAAUUGAAGAAAGUGAAUUGAAGGUACCUGCAUCGCUGGAGUACACAGAGGUGACACAGGGACAGCCUCAGAUCCAAGAAAGCAUGGAGCCUGAGAGGACGGCGUCAGGCUUGGCAGCUGAUCUGCAGGCCGGGGAGACGGCAGGUGGAUCACCAGAAUCCUACAAGCACAAGUCCACCAUGCAGGAUAUUUUGUCUGAGAUCCAGAACUUGGUGGAAAGAAGUAAUAUAAUAAACCGGACACCACAUAUUGAUUUGAAUUGGUACCUGAAGUCAUCUCCUGGUGAACCAGAGAUUCGAUUGGUACGAACUGUACAAAAAGUUCUGGUAUGUCGCUAUCAACCAGCACAACUUGAUGUCACUGCAAUGGUCAAACAACUGCAGGAGGCAGAAGAUUACAGGCGCUAUGUGCAGGAGCAAGUGGUUACUAUGAAAAGCAUGAGUGCUGCCAGGAUUUGUGACCCAGAUGCCUUAAAAAGUGCUGAAGGACAGUGCAGUGCUGCACUGCUGGAUGCCUCUGCCACAGUGCAGGUCAAAGCAGCACAGCUGGAUCAGGUCAAACAGUAUCACAAACAGAUGAAGCUCACCAGAGCUUUCCUGGAAGUUCUAGCUGUUGAGAAGGACAAAAUGAGCUUAAAUACUUUGGGAAGCAGUGCCAUUCAAGCUGACAAACUCCAUGCCCUGCUGCAAACCAUGGUACAGAAAAAAGACAUGAUGGAAGAGCUCCUCCAGUUAAGUAGCCAAUUGUCAGUCCAGUUGAGCGAUGCUGAAAGUUCAGGUGCUCUUCUUGCCCAGCUUGGAGAUGUCCAGGAGGAAUGGAGGCUUUUAGAAGGAAGUAUCAAAAGAGCUCUGCAGCAUGCCUCAAGCUCCACCUCUCAAUCCUCUCUACUAAUAAAAGAGGCCGAACAGCUUAAAGCCAAGCUUGAAGCCCUUCAGACAUCCAACUUUCAAAGCCAUGACAGCAAAAGCGCUUUAGAAUUUGUUUGUCUGACCACAGACCUAAAACUGUACAACCAGCUUUAUCUGCACUUACAAUCCCAGUCAGAUGCUCUUGUUCAUUUCUCUCUGGGUCAAAAAGAGAAGGAUGAGAUCAAAUGUAGUCUUCAGGAACUUGGGUCCUUGCUAAAUGUCACCAAGAGCAAGCUUAACACUUCCAAAUACAGCAGUGGCGGCAUUUCUUCAACUAAGAUCAACAAGCAAUUACAAGACUUGAUGAUGUGGGCCAAGCAGGCGGAAAACCACAUCUCUAUUGUGAAAAAGUUAGCUCUUUUCCCAGAGGAGGCUCGUAUUCAGAUUGUUGAGAUGAAGAAAUUUCAGACUGAUAUUUGGUUAAGAAGGUCCAAGAUGCAAGUAGAAGUGGAGCAGAUGAAAAAUGUAGCUUCUGAUAUGGAAAAGGAGGAAAGUGACCAAGUACUGAAGACAAUAGAAGAUCUGUAUGAAGCCAUUGCUGACAGCUUGGAUCAUGUUCUUGGCACAAUGAAAACAAAUCUGCAGGAGAGGGAGAAAUUGUUAUGCCAGCUUGCUAGCAUGGAUGCCUGGUUAGCAGAAACACAUGCUAAAAGAGACCCCUGCACCCAUGUUGACAAUGUUUCAAAAGCUGACAUCAGAAAGCUGGAGAGCGAGCUGAAAAGUCACAAAUUAGCCACAGUGGAGAUAGAAAGCCAGCUAAAGCUGGUGGAAGCAAUGGUAGAAGGUUGCAGGGAAAUAGCCGUAGGGUUGAGUCCAGGAGAGAGCCGCUACCUUGUCAACAGACUGUCAGGCCUUUGGACAGAAUUAGAUGGAUUGCUAGCUCAUGAGAAAGCAACCAGCUGGGAAUUGGAGGAGCUGAUUCAUGAGCAAACCUCUUCUGAUGAGGAGUUAUCAACCAUCCAGGCUAGUUUACAGCAAAUUUCCAUUGAUUUGGCGCAGCUGAGGUUCCCUUUAACACAGGAAACCCUUUCAACAAUUGCACAUUUGAAGCACAUGCUAAUGGAGCAUCAGUGUCAAGUACAAGAGCUUCAGCACUGCCAGGAGGCCAAGCGAAGCUCCCUGCUGUGCACCAUUGGGGAACUACAAGACCAGUGCAAAGCACUUAGUAUUAAUGUCUUUGAGCAAGACAAAUAUCUUCACCUUAGGAGACAAAUGGAGGAAUCUAGGGACAUUGCCAAAGAGCAAAUCCAACAUGCCAAAGAUAAAACGAUCAGUGUGGGUGAGAGGUUCAGACUAUGCCAAACACUUUUGGUUGAACUUCCUUUGGUGAAGACACAGUGUCAAGAAGCAGCAGACCAAUUGGAGGCCAUAGCUCAGGACUUGUACCCAUCUGAGCUUAAUUCAGAGAGGCAGAGGAUUCAGAGCACUGUGGAAACUUUAGUCUCCUUGGAGUAUUCUGUCACAGAUGAUAUCAAAAACCUAGAGGCCAAGCUUCUGCUAGGUCUGUGUUUUUCCGCCGAGCUUCCUGCCUUAAUAGAGCUUUUCCAAAGAACAAGAGAGGAGCUGGAGGGAGCCGAACCAGUAAAUCCAGAUGAAAAAGCCAUAGAUAUUGCACUACGAAGGUAUUGGGUUAUUUGGAGAAAUAUGGAGUCUGGGAUGAGGGUGCUGGAAGGUCUGGGACGGAAAGAAAAAAUUAACCUGAAGAACUACAAGGACCUGUACUCUCUUAAGGAUGCAACCAUGCAAGAGUGCCAUUUACGAAUGGAGAGUUCAUCCCAGGCUAGAGAAUCCUUGAAAGAUUACCAGUGGGCUGCUCAGGGAGCAAUACGCUUCCUCCAUAAUGCUGAAGCCACCUUCUUAUCAGCUCCUGGAGGGUUUUUGGACUGUACUGAGGAACAGAAACAGACUCAUCAGGCUCUAGAAGCUCUUGAAGAUGGAUUUCAGGCUCACAUCUGCCACCUUGUGGAACUGGUGCCCCAACAACCCUUCCUGUCCCGCCCAAAGACUGAGCAGCUCCACAUCAGCAUCCUCAGUCAGUUGUUGGUGGGAAGAGCCAUACUGGAGGCCCAAGCCCAGCUCAGGCUGGAGACCUUGCAGAGGUGUGAAAUAAGACAACAAAGCCACAGGAAGUGUCAUGAAGACAUACGACAACAUCUUUCAGGACUUGAAGCAAAGCUUUCAGAAUGUGCUGCAGAACAAGUGACCUCAUAUGACAAAUGUGUUGCCCAACAAAAAAGAGCUAAGCUUGUGAUGGAAGAGCUUCGCAGCCUCGCUGAUAAGAUCGAAGAACUGAGAGCUGGAUGUCCAACUCAGGGCUGUGGGAUUGGAAAGGACGGUGAGCUGGGCGCCCUCUGGAGGCGCUGGGUAUCAUUACGACGUGGCAUUGGCCUCCUGAUGGCACACAUAGAACAGAGAGGAGAGGAAUGGAAGGACAUCACUACAAGUAUGGAGCAGUGUUGCAGCUUUUUGGCCAGUCUUCAGGCUGAGGUCCCCGACUCCUCCACCAUGAGCUUCACUCAAGAGGAACCCCAGGAGCUUCUGGCUCAGGCUGAGAUGCACCAGGCUGGGCUGGAACAGGAGCAGCAGGCCUUAGCCUCCCUGGAGCACCGACUGGAGCAUGCCCUGAGCUUAUCUAGUUCCCAGGAUCCCAUCAGCCCUGGACCUAUUGGCAAAACACUAGUGAAGAUCCAAGAGAAUGUCAGGAGCUUGAAAGAGAGAAACCUGCUGGUGGUAGCUGCAGUCCAGGCAGAGGAGAAAGAGAGACAGCAAGUCCAAGAGGAGAUAGGAGAGGUGGAGCAACACAUGUUCGCCAUUCUUUCCUCACUGGAAGCCUGUUCAAAUCCAUACAAACAACAGGAGCUCAGUAAGGAUUUGUCCUCCCAGAAGGCCAAACUAAAGUGUAUUGUGGACGGUGUGCAGAGCCAGUAUGCUGAGAUACCAGCUGAUAUCAGCAGACGGUUACAAGAAGUUCAGCUGUCUCUACAAAGAGAAGAGAAGAAGCUCAUAGAUAAGAGCAAUCCAGUUCGGAAGCUGGCUAGUCAAGUGGUGGAGUUGGGUUCUGGCCUAGGGAAAGUGAAAGCGUUACUGGAGCAAAGGAGUCCAACAGUCAAUGAAGCUCAAAAUGUUCUCAAGCAUGUGUGGGAUGAGCUGGAUGCAUGGCACAGCCGCUUGAUGCUACUGGAGAACGAGGUGCAGGAUCUUGCAGAGGAGCAUCCAGAUCAAGCCCACCUACUCAUGGACCAACUCACCCAACCACUGCAGCUCUACCAAAACACAGCACAGAUGGCCGAGGGACGCACCGCCUUCCUCAGCAAGAUUCCUGCCUGUCUUCAGGAGUUUGAAGACAUUCUGUACAGCGCCACGUGCUGGUUAGAUGAGGCCCAGUCAUGGCUCAGUGCUCCCUGCUCAUUCACAACAGCCAGAAGCCUCCAGAAUCAUGCAAACGCCCUGCAGCUGGUACUGGACGAUUCUGAGAGGAUCAGACACACCCUGCAGGACUUCAGGCCAGUCCUGGAUGAGAUUUCUGCUGUGUGUGACAUGAGCACCAAGGAGGAGAGGCUGGACCAGAAUGACCAUCAAGUACACAAAAUGCAACGCAAGAUCCUAGAGCCACUGGAGCAGCUCCAGCAGGCUGUCGCAGUGAUGGAGACAAUAGAGGUGGAGCUGAAGACCAUGGAGAAGAAUGUCCCGAAGAUCAGAGAGAUUUUAUCCUCCAUGGACAACUCCAACAUAACUCUGACGGAGCAUCUUCACAACCGACAGGUGAUUCUGGCCAACGUGCAGUCGAUGCGGAAGACAUUGGAGGAGAUAGAGAGAUGCAAAGGAGAGCUUCACCUCCCACAGGGAACAGAGGAGAGCCUGCUGGUAUUCUCCAGAGCCAGACUGCUCCUGCAGCCGCUCGAGGAGCUGGAACAACUCACCCAGCAACAAGCCACGCUGCUGGAGAACAAGAUUAGGGAGGAGGAUCUUUGCAUCGCCACAGUCUCUUAUAUUCCUGAAGAAAUACAGGAGCUAGACAAAUCUCCACAAAGGCACUUAGUCCAGGAGUCUUUUGAUGUGUCUAAUUCAGAGGAAGAGGAGGAUGAGGAAAACGAGAGUUGUCACUCGUCGUCCUCUGACACACUAACAUGCAGUAUUCCAGAGGACCCAGAGGGGACACUCAACGCUUCAGAUGUGCAAAGUGAGGAUACUGAUGAAAUUAAGCCACUAUCAGAAGUUGAGGCACUGGAGAGUUUGACUGGUCAGUUUUCUUCUGAAGUGGAGAUGAGCUCAAAAGGUGCUGAAACUGGGUUUUUAUCUGUGAAGUCUGGGCUUGAUACAAAAGAGUCUGGGUCAGAAAAUGUUGAAAGUGUAUUAAGAACAAUGGAUUGCAAAGCUGAUGUUGGCAAAGCAUUCAGCCCUGAAACUGAGUCACUAAUCGCUGGAGCCAUUCCAGCAGUCGAAGACGGGUUUACUGCUGCCACUGCUGCACUGGACCAACAUGGGUCACCAAAACAUGAAACCCCCGUCACCGACCCUCAUUCAAAGUCCCUUCAGGCAGCAGCUGCAGUUGAAGACACAAGACUGAUUCCUGCAAGACCUAUAACUCCAUUCACUUCCACCAGAGCAUCAGAUGAGUUUAUAGAGGAGGGAGACAAAGAUCUGUCUUUGUCCACAGCUCCCCAUCAAAAUCUGGAGCAAAGUGAAAUCAGCAACAGUCGUCGUAGUUUGGCGGAAGAACCCCAGUCCUCUGAGGUGCCGACCAGCUUGGCUGAACAUGAAGAAGAUGACGAGGAGCAGCUAAGGUGGGGACGACUUUAUACCCAGAUCUCUCAAAAACUGACCACUUUGAAAAAAGUCAAGGAGGAACAUGAAACCCUGAUCAGCUCAGAGGAUGGAGGGACCCAUGAAAAGGUUCCAGAAAGGGAGCUGAUAUCAACCGGGUCUGCUUCUGCUGUUCUCCAGCGGACACAUGAGUCCAUCACCAUGCUGAGACACAUAGUGAGCUCUGCAGAAGGCUCACAUCCCGAUGGAAAUGAGGAGUUGUACGAGGCUGUACGGAGGGUCCUCCUCUGUCUGGACACUUUGACUGACCUUCUGUUGACUCCUGGUGGUGCUGGCGAAGAUGACCCCCAGCUGAGGCUGCUACAGCAGGAGUGCGUAUCAACUGAGCUGGUGACUCUGGCUGAGCUGUUGAGUAAAAUGGAGUCAGAGACCAGACCUGCGCUUUCAAAGAAAGAACCAGAAGCUCUUCGCUGUUUGACCUCCCUUCAGGAUUGUCUACACACAGUCCAGCUGGUCUUCACCUCAUCCCACAAUCAGCUCAUUGAACAUCUGGGCAUCACAUACCAACAUCAGGAGCUCUCCUCCAACCAGCUGUGUAUUUUGGACGAGUUUGCGGUGGGACAAAGUGAGAUGUUCCCCAGCAUAAAGGAUGCUCCCAGUUUGGAGCAGUGUGUGCUGGGCAGACAUCUGAGGGAGAGUCCAGGGGAAAAAGCCAAGCUACAGAAGGCUUCCCGGUCCUUGCUUCAGGGGAUAACUCGCCUCCUGGAACUGGGUGAAGACUGCAUAACAGAAGGGCAGAUGAGCCAGGUUCACAACCGCAGCCAACUUCAAGCCGUUCUCUGCAGACACAAGAAGCUCCUGCAGGUCCUCAGGUCUCAGUUGGCUUUUGUGCAGCAUCUGUUCCAACGUGAGCCAGAAGCACUCCGGUGUCAAGAGGAUGAGUGGGUACAGUUGGAAGUCAGAGCCAAAGCUUUGCAGCAACAGGCUCUGGAACAGGAAGUGGCUUCUCAAUGGAGGAUCCAGGAGUGGUCCCGGUGGGAGGAUAGUUGUGGUCGGUUGGACAGGCUGCUGGAUGAUCUUGAAGCCUUCAGCAGCAGUGAGGAACCAGAGGGAGACAACGAGAAGUUAGUACAGCACCGACAAGAUGCCUGCCAGCAAACAUUGGUCCAGCUGGAUCAGAGCAGAGCUGCUUUAGGACUGCUCCUGGAUCAGGGGAAGGUGCUGCAAAAAGAGCCAGCGUUUGCUGCCACAGUCAGUCAUGCAGGAGGCGCCCUGGAGCUGCGAUGGCAGAGCGCCUACAGGCGGACAGAGCAGGAGAUUCAACACUGCAGAGAUAUCCAGGACAGCCAGGCCAGAUUCCAGACUGACUUUGACUCAGUCAGUGAAUGGCUGGUUGGUGCCAACAAACAACUGAAGACUUGGUCAAACCUGGCCGACACCUCUGACCUGAACCAGGAGUAUAUUCACAACGAUCUGAUCAAGCUGCUGGACUUCUCCAUGAAGAUUGAAGCCAUGUCAGUGCCAAGGGCGUCUGUAUCCAGGGAAGCUACUCAGCUGCUCCACCUGAAGGACGCUGAUUGUCCCGGGCUGAGAGCUCAGCUCGCCCAGCUGGAGGUCAACUGGAGUCAGCUGACCUCUGACCUGUCCAAGAUACAGGACCGCCUGCAGCAGCGGCUGCUGGCAGCAUGGCCACCAGUGAAGCUGCUGUCUGACCUGGGGGACUGGCUGAAGAAGCUGGAGGCUCGGCUGAGCCGAGAGAAAGAAACAGUCCUCAAGGCCAAAGAUGCUGCUGAGAUCACUGAAAUCCUGCAGCACUACCAGGAGUUAAAGGCAGGCAUGGUGAAUGGACAGCUCCUUCUUGAUUUCCUAUGCCAGUCUGGGCCUCAGGUGGUGGGAGUGGACGCCCAGGCUCUCCGCUCUGAACGUACAAUGUUUGCUGAGAAACUUGGCACCCUCAAACUGCAGUGGUUGCACCUUCAGAGAGAGCUGGAGAGCCAGAGUCGUGAAGCCGAACAGAUGCAUCACACUUGUGCAGACCGAGAGAGGCGGUUACAGCGUCUUCAUGGCUGGAUAGAACAGCAGAAAAAGCAGCUGAAUCAGUGGAAACAGCCCACCAGUCAAACUUUGCCUCGUAAGGCCCUGCUGGAGUUGGAGGCUGUUGUGGGCAGAGUGAAGGAGGUGGCUGCAGCUUUACAGGAGUUGAAAGCCACACGAGUGCAUGUUGAAAAGGAAGAGGAUCACCCUUGUGAUAUCUCCUUCUCUGGCCAGACAGAGAGUGUUUGUCAAGCUUGUUGGGAUCUCAGUAAACAGAUGGAAGCUCUGAGACCAGCUCUACAUCAGACUGUGGAGGAGUGGAGUUGUUUUGAGAGAGAUCUGAGGGAGGUUUCUCUGCACACCACUAGGGUGCGCUGUGCUCUGUGGCAUCAGCCUCUGUUCUCACUAAAGCAAGCAGAAGGAUACAACGACCUCCUCCAGCAACUCCAGAAGAAGGCUGGAAAAGGGGAGGAGCUUUGGGCGUCCUUAGACAAAUCCUAUCAGAGUUUUGUGAAGACUCUUCAUCAUGGAACAGCACAGGCACUGGAUGAUCAAAUGGAAGGAGAGCGAAAACGGUGGAAGGACGUGGUGCAGGAGCUAAAGGACGAGCACAUGAAGACUGGAGAGACAGUUUCCCUCUGGCAGGAGUACGCUCACCUCUCUGAUCAAUGCUCCCUUCACCUGCAAAAACUGUGGCAUCAGUGGGAGGGGUUGUCGAGCUCUUCACCUCAACAGGACACACAGGCCGUGGUUCACUCAGUGGAGCAGUUGCAGGAUGCUGCUGAGGAUUUGCAUAGCAGAGUGGGAGAUGUUCUUGUUGCUUCCAAGCCUCUUAUUGGACGGCUAGAACAACUUGCCGCAAAUUUAAUCCAAUCAGAGACCAGACUGAUGUCACGUGACGUCCUGCUGCUGAGCCAGGCAAUGUCAGGAAAAAAGAAAAGUCUUCAGGAGGAUUUGGAGCAACAGAAGCUAUUUCAUGCUCAACUGGAGGCCCUUGAAAAGCAGUCACAGAACACACAGCACAAACUUAAGGCCAGCUUGAAUGACACAGACUCUGUGGAGCAGGUUCUCUCGGAGCUCAGUGAUCUGUUUCCGUCACUGGUUGACGUCAGGGAGAUGAGUGGCUAUGUGACCCUUAGCAACCAUGACACAGAGAGACUGCAUAUGCUCAGCAGGCAAUGGGUUGAAAGCAUGACUCAUGUGUCUGACAUGAGCAGAGAGCUGCAGGCUGAGCGUCAGCGUUCUCAGAGCUUUCAGGAGAAGUGUAAGAACCUGACGUCUAUCCAGAAGAAGCUUGAGGAGCAAUUAAUGUCCAAAAAACCUGAAAGUUACUCCAGCCUCCAAGAGAUGCUGACCGUCCAUCAGAGGCUUGAGGCUGAAAUUAAUAUUGGACACCAGCUUCUGCAGGGUCUUAUCUGUCAUGCAGUCGAGUCCGUGGAAAAAGAAACAGGAGAGAAAAGAUCUGAACUCUUGGCACAAGUGACCUGUAUGAGGGUGAGUUGGUUCAACUCCGUGGCUCUGGCUAGCCAGCGCAGGUCCUUGACAAAAGAACAACUGGGCCAGUGGAGACUCUACCAUCGUGGCUUGAAACGUUUGUGGAAGCUGUUGAGGGACAUUGACCCCUUGCUGCCCCCUGCUGGACCUGCUCUGUGUACACUGCAUCAGCUACAGAGCUGCAUGGAUGAUUACCAGUGUGUGGAAGACGCUCUGGGUCUGCACUCCACCGUGUACACCCAAACACUGGAUGCUGGCAGACAUUUAUGUGAAACCAUGACAGAGUCGGAGUGUCAGAGCCAACUGCAGUCAGAGCUCCAGGCCAUACAGGAGGCCUGGGAACGAACCACCUCACUGCUGGUGAGGAGAAGAGACCUGGUCAACACAACUGCUCAGAAGUGUUCUCAGUGUCAGGACGGGAUAACCAGCAUCAUGUCUGAACUGGAUGAGCUGAAAACCAUGAUAAAAAAGCUGCUGCUUGAAAGACCACAGGACUCCGAGAACAAGAAACACAUUCAGGAGACGGAGCUCUCUCUGCAGCGUUUGGCCAGUGGAUUGAGGGAAUUGGCCACCAUGAAGACGGACCUGUCCCAGUAUGUCGCGGCCGGUGACUCGGCACUGCUGGAGCAGCAGCUGGAGCAACUCCACGGCCAGUGGGAAGAGCUGUGUAUGAAGGUAUCCCUACGCAGACAAGAAAUCGCAGACCGCCUGAAUGCCUGGACCAUCUUCAAUGACAAGAACAAAGAGUUCUGUGAUUGGCUGACUCAGAUGGAGAACAAGGUGUGCCACAGCGGAGAUCUGAGCAUCGAGGAAAUGGUGGAGAAACUGAAGAAGGACUGCAUGGAGGAAAUUAACUUGUUCAGUGAGAAUAAGAGCCACCUGAAGCAGCUGGGUGAGCAGCUGCUGUUAGCCAGUGACAAGGCCAAGCAGACCCAUGUCCACGGCUCGCUGCUGGAGGUCAACCAGCGCUGGCACAACCUCUUCCACCACAUCGAAGCCAGGGUGAAGAAGCUGAAGGAGACUCUGGUGACGGUGCAGCAGCUGGAUAAGAACAUGAGUAAUCUCCGCUCGUGGCUUUCUCACAUCGAAGCCGAGCUGUCCAGACCCAUCACCUACAGCGUCUGUCACCACCAGGAGAUCCAGAGGAGGCUGGCCGAACAGCAGGAGCUGCAGAGAGACAUUGAGCAGCAUACGGAGGGCGUAGCGUCAGUACUCAGUCUGUGCGACGUUUUGCUGCGGGACGAAGAUGCUGCUGGCGGCACUGAGGUAGAGAGCGACUCCCUGCAGGAGACAAGCCACAGUCUGGACCAGCGCUGGAGGACCAUCUGUGCCAUGGCUCUGGACAGGAGGCUCAGAAUCGAGGAGACGUGGAGACUGUGGUGCAAGUUCCUCGAUGACUACUCACGGUUUGAGGAUUGGCUCAAGAUAGCCGAGCGCACCGCUGCCAACCCCAACUCUGCAGACGUCCUUUAUACGGUCGCCAAGGAGGAGCUCAAGAAGUUCGAGGGUUUCCAAAGGCAGGUUCAUGAGCGGCUGACCCAGCUGGAACUGGUCAAUAACCAGUACCGCCGCCUGGCUAGGGAGAACCGCACUGACCGAGCCAGCCAGCUCAAAGCCAUGGUGCACGAAGGCAACCGGCGCUGGGACACCCUGCACCGCAGAGUGUCUGCCAUCCUCCGCAGACUCAAGUAUUUUACCAGCCAGAGGGAGGAAUUUGAAGGCACCAGGGAGAACAUGCUGGUGUGGCUGACCGAGCUGGACCUGCAGCUCACCAACGUCGAACACUUUUCAGAGAGCAACGUCCAUCACAAGAUACAACAGCUCAAUAGCUUCCAGAAGGAGAUCACCUUAAACACAGAGCGCAUUGACGGGCUGAUAGUGUUUGGAGAGGGUCUGAUCCAGAAGAGCUCACAGCAGGAUGCAGCACUGAUAGAGGACGAGCUGGAGGAGCUGCACUCCUACUGCCAGGAGGUUUUCAGCAGACUGGUCCGCUUCCACCAGCGCCUCAGCCAGCCCCCGAUGAUCAAAGAAGAACCGGAGCUCUCUGGUACCACUUUUUCCUUGGAGUCGAGCUUGGAGCUGAUUGGCCGACCGUGGCUGGGGCGGACCCAAGGAAGCCUCCCGGCCACACCCACCCACCUGCUGGCCCCUCCGCUGGAGCGUUCGGGGCGGGAGACACCGGUGAGCGUGGACUCCCUGCCACUGGAGUGGGACCACACCGGAGACGUAGGAGGGUCAUCGUCACAUGAGGAUGAUGAGGAGGACGAAGAGCAUGAGGAUGCGAUAACUUACUUCAGCGCACUGUCAGAGGUGGAGUUGACUGAGAGCAAGGAGGAAUAUGUCGAUGCCUCUUCACUGGUUUCAAGCAGGCCAAUGGUCGUACAUGAGUCUCCAAGAUGGCGAUCACAGGGAGACGAGGAAACACAGUCUCUCCCGCUGGACUCAGAGGGCCACACCGAGGCUCCACCCACCCUCACCAGCACACCUCUAAAGCAGGGCUAUUUGCGUCUCAUGUCUCAGUGCAGCGGCAGCAUCGAGGACAUUAAAAGAGUCUCACUGAUCCUGGAUGAUGAGGAGCAGCCGGAGAAGCUCGGUCUCACAGGACUGACUGCCUCAGACAAACAGUCAGGUGUGAUUGAACGCUGGGAGCUGCUUCAGGCUCGGUCCAGGAGCGACCAGCACGCUGGCCCUCAGGAGCCUCAACAGCUCACGUCUGAUCUUGAUGACAUCACGUCCUGGUUAGAAAACGUGAUCCCGGAGCUAGAGCGCCUCCGGCAGUCCGACCCAGCAGCCAGUAUUGAGGACAUGGCAGCCAGAGCCAAAGAACUAAAGGAGAUGCAGAAGAUGUUUACUCGCUACAAGUCUAUCAUGCUGUCUGUCAACCUGCUAGCUCAGGAAGCUCCAGAGCUACAGGAGAGACUGGUGGGUAUGAACCAACACUGGAGCCGAGCGUGUACAAGCCUCCAGCAGUGGGACACCAGUCUGAGGAAGACACUGAUGCGCUGCCAGGAGUUCCAUGAAACCCUCCAUUCUCUGCUGCUGUGGCUGGCCCACGCAGAGAGCAAACGCUAUGCGGUGGACAUUAGUCACCCCGACACACCUGUCAGAGCCCUGCAACAACACCGCAAGACGCUCACAGAUCUGCAGGAGGAGCUGCAGGGCAGGCAGACUCAGCAGGCCUCCCUCCAGGCUCUGUGGUCUCAGCUCCAGCCUGAGGACGAGGCUGACGAGAGCGACGAGGCCCAGGAGAAACUCCACGUGACCGGUAGCAAACUGAAGUUGCUGCAGAGGCAGGUGGACCAGGAUCUCAGCACCCUGCAACAGCAUCUGGCUUGUGAAUCUGCAUCAGACGUCCAAGGCCAAAGCACCUCUGCAGAUCCUUCUCAGAAGGCCACAAAUUCAAAGAAAGGGUCAUCUAAUCAAAGAGAGAAGAGGGACUCGUCCCCACCUCGUUCCUUCUUCUCACGGGUCCUUCGUGCUGCCUUCCCCCUCCACCUCCUCCUACUGUUCCUCCUGCUCCUCCCCUGUCUGAUUCCCCUGUCAGAGAGCGACCCCAGCUGUACUGGGGCCAACAACUUCGCCUGGUCCUUCUACCCCAUGUUACACUACACCAACGGCCCACCGCCCACCUGAUACAAAUGUACCUGGGGGUAAAAACAUUUAGCAUUUUUUUUGAGAACACACACCACCUUUUGGUCACACUGAAACACAUGAACAAAUUGUCUAACAUAUAAAAUUUAUAUGUUAAGUUGAUGAAGCGAUUGUCUUCUAAAAAACAUCCAAAGUGCAGAAAUUGUAUUUAAGUGUCUAUUUUUAAAGAUUUGAUCUUAGAGGAGAUUGUAUUUAUUCCAUGAACAAAACCACCCAUUUGUCUCCAUUUCAAUCAGGAAAAACACCACAUGUGAACAGAAAAUGCAGAUAUUUUAGUUUAAUAAUGCAAAGAUCUUGAUGCCAUCCAAGAAAUCAAUCACUGCAUCCUGGAGAUUAAGGAGUUGUGCAGCAGAUAGUGCUGACACUUGUGGAGAGGUAAAGCAGCAUACAUAGACGUGGCAGCAAAGAGGCGUAUAGUAACAGGUAAGAUAGUUUUAAAUAUCCUUCAGCUACUGUAGAAGCCGGGAAACAUAUUCCAUUGGAUAAUAAUGCGAGGUUGAAACCAAGUAAGACAACAAAAUCACUAUUAUUUCUUGCUUGAAAGUGCUCAAGUAUCCAAUUUCACCCUCCAAACACAGUAUAAUCGUGACUUUAUCCGUGGAUUUUCACUAAACAAGUGGCCGCUUAGCUUUUAUCAGAAUUUACAUGUUUAUAUUCAGAUAUCACUCCUGCCACAGUCCUAAUUCUAUGUUGUAAACUGUUGACAUUUUAUUUGUCUAACUUGACCCUGCUAACAAAAAGCAUGCUUUAUCUAUUUUUAUGUUGUUAGACUGAAGUUUAUUUUUUACAACAAGAUACUAGUUAAAUUUGAAUGUAAUCUUUGUAAGGCCAACAGUACAAAAUUAUGGCAGUUUUAUACACAAUUGUAUAAUUUUUUUUCUAGAUGCUUUUUGUCUUGAGUAGAUUGAGCAGACAUUUCCAUGCCUCCCAGUGCACUGUUGAAACACUGUAGAUUUAGCAGGAUGAUGUGUAUGUACAGAAUGUAAUAAUAUAAUACUUAUUUAUAACAAACGGUGGAUUGAUGCUCCUAAUUUUCUUUUAGUAAAAACAGAUUGUCUUCA